AUGGCCGCCGAGCUCUCUCGCGAGGAAGCGGACGAGACCCUCGCGAUGCUCAUGCACUUAGCGGCCGGGUUCGAGGACGACGACCACCCGCUCCAGGCGAUCAAGUGUUACGAGGCGAUCGCGCAAUCGAAAGACAAGCUCAACGUCCUGCCCUUGCCCGAGGCUGAAGCGCGCGUGCGGCUGUCGAACCUCCUUCUCAAGUACACGGACAACGUGCACCGGGCGAAGACGCACUUGGAAACGACGCAGCUUCUCAUGCGCGGGGUGCACGGGUACGAGGAGAUCAAGUGCGCGACGUUCAGCGGGCUCAGCAAGUGCUACAGGCUGUACGGCGACGACCUCAAGAAGCAGCAGAUGGACGCGGUGAACGGAGGCCUCGACCUCGCGCGGGUCACCGCGAAGAAGAAACCGAAGGACGACACGUGGGUGAAGUACCAGUACCACUUCUUACUCGAGAGGGCGGGGAUACACAUGCGCCAAGGUGGGUUCAAGGACGUCACCGCGACGCUCGACGAGGGCGCGGCGCUGGCGACGAAAAACGACGACGCGCGGAUGCGCUGCGUCUUCGCGCUCGCGGAGUUUCAACGCGCGCUCGGGCAGCGCUUGCGGGGGAGAGGCGCCGGGUCGGGGGAAGUGGUCGCGUCGAAAGCCGCGGAUGAAGCGGUUGCGGCGCUGAUGGCGAAGGAGAAGGACAAGGCUGCGGUCGCGCACGUGCGCCUGCACCAUCACAUCCUAAAAACGUGCGGUAAACUCAUGGCUGGGGACGUCGCGUCGACGCAAGGCGAGGCGCAGAAGAUUCAAAACGUGUUGAAGCUCGUCGAGGACGGCGUCGCUACCGAGAACGAGUACGGUUGGCUGCCGAUCCCCGCGAUGAUCACCUUAGCGAGGUUGCUCAACGCGGAGGCGGCGCGGCCGCUCGGGAAGUUCUCCGACGCGAGGAAGGAGAUCGAGUUGGCGAUGAAAGCGUGCGACGGCGCUCUGAUGGUUCUCGGCGUCUUACCCGAGGGCGGCGACGCCGUCGCCGCGGCGGAGCAGGAGAGAGCUAAAUUGGAGAAGGAGGCGAAGGAGAAGCCCCCGGCGGUCGUCGCGUCCCCGGAACCCAAGUCCCCCGCGGGCGGGAGCGCAAAGACGCGCGCUUCGCCGCGGAAAUCCCCGAGGUCGAAACCAGCCCCGGCGGCGUCGCCGGCGGCGUCCGCGGAUCAGGAGAUCGAACUACGACAGUGGGUCGGUUCCGAGACGGAUCUCGCGUACCGAACCGCCGCGGACGCGGGACCGUACCUUUUCCUUCGGAUGUACUUGCUGCAGAGCCUCGUCGCAAUCGAGCUCACGAGCACGAAAUUAAACUCCGCGGCGCAGCGCGCGGAACGCAUGCGCGCGAUGAUCGAGGCGUAUCCUCGGACGCUUCGACGCUGCGCGCACGAGGCGGACAUGGCGGAAGGGCACGUGCUGCACUCCUUGGGAAAGUUCCACGACGCGGCGGUUCGAUUCUCCGCCGCCGCCGACCUCGCGGAAGCGUUCGGAACCCCCGCGGGGAAAGACAUCGCGAGCGUCUGCGGCGCGCUCUCCGAGCUCGCGGACGGUUCCCCGGAAGCGAUCAGCCGCGCGCUGGACUUGGUCCGGCCGGUCCUGACGCGGCACGAGGAGAUGAUCGCGGCGGUGAACGCGAACGAGAACGAGAAGGACCUCGGCGCGGCGCCGAACUGCGUGCACCAGGCCGCGGCGCUGUUCGUCUCCGGGUACGCGACGCUCAGACAAGGCGACGCGUCUCAGGAAGCGAAGCCUAAGCUCUCGAAGGCGCUGAAGCUCGCGCACUCGCAGUGCUGCAACCACCAGCUCGUGGCGCAGUCGUUGAGCCUCAUCGGCGGCAUCGUGUUGGACGCGCGCGGUGGCGAUCUCUCGCAGUCGCUGGACAUGUUACAGAGCUCGUUCACGCUGAGCAAGGCGCAGGAGGACAUGCCCGCGCAGAUCGGGUGCCUCGUCAGCUUGCUGAAGCUGCACAAGCUCAAGGGGAGCGACAAGGAGGAGCAAGACGCGUUGCGGAGUUACCACGCGAGGAAAGCGGGGGCGUACGAAACGAUCUUGAAGACGGCGUUGGAGGACGAGGACCGGCUCAAGCGCUUGACUGCGGGGGCGCAGAACGUCGACGAGGAGAUGGAGCCGGUGGAGGAGGAGUUCGACGAGUGA